AUGCCCGAUCAAUCUGCCACGAACGGUACAACAACUCCGGUCACUGCGAAGCUGAGCAACCUCGCUCUGACUGAGUACACCGCCGCUCCCACUCCCCCCUCAGAGAAGGACCAAGACACCGCGCUGGGCGUAUCCCGAGACUGGGGUAUCCCAAAUGCAUUCCUGCUCCCCAAUGGCUACCCAGAUUAUCUCCGCCUUAUUUUGACGUCACGGGUCUACGAUGUUAUUCAGGAGACACCUCUCCAUCACGCCAUCAAUCUUAGCAACCGUCUAGAAUGUCGGGUGCUGCUCAAGCGGGAGGACUUGCUCCCUGUAUUCAGCUUCAAGCUCCGUGGAGCUUACAACAAGAUGGCGCAUUUAUCCCCCGAGCAGCGGUGGAAGGGAGUUAUUGCAUGCUCCGCAGGUAACCACGCACAAGGCGUUGCAUUUUCCGCCCGCAAGCUCAAGAUCCCCGCGACCAUCGUCAUGCCCUCGGGUACCCCUGCCAUCAAGCAUUUGAAUGUUGCGCGUCUUGGCGGCAGUGUUAUCCUUCACGGAAACGACUUCGACGCUGCCAAGGAGGAAGCUCAUCGACUGGAGAAGCAGCACGGCCUGACCAGCAUUCCUCCCUUUGAUGAUCCGUACGUGAUUGCAGGACAGGGUACCAUUGGAAUGGAAAUUCUGCGUCAGGCAAACUUGGAGAAACUCGAAGCUGUUUUCUGUGCUGUCGGCGGAGGGGGUCUGGUUGCCGGUAUCGGGGUUUAUCUGAAGCGCAUUGCGCCGCAUGUGAAGGUCAUCGGAGUUGAGGCCUACGAUGCCAACGCCAUGGCCCGGUCGUUGGGCGAAGGAUCUCGAGUCUUCCUUCGGGAGGUUGGACUGUUUGCGGACGGAGCGGCUGUGAAGACUGUGGGAGAGGAAACAUAUCGUCUUGCUCGUGAGGUAAUUGACGAUGUCAUCUUGGUUUCAACCGAUGAGACCUGUGCCGCCAUUAAGGAUGCGUUUGAGGACACAAGAUCUAUUAUCGAGCCCGCUGGUGCCCUGGCACUCGCAGGUCUCAAGAAGUACGUCUCCCAGAACCCUAGCCCCGACACCAACCGGGAGCUGGUCGCCAUCACAUCUGGCGCAAACAUGGACUUCGAUCGCUUGCGUUUUGUGGCUGAGCGUGCUGCUCUGGGAGAGCGAAAGGAGGCGCUGCUAAGCGUCAAAAUUCCCGAGAAGCCUGGCGCUUUCGCAAACCUCGUCGAGGUGAUCCUUCCUCAAGCCGUAACCGCCUUCAGUUACCGUUAUGCUCGGGCCGAGUCCGCCGAUGUCCUGAUGGGCAUCUCCUUGUCUGCGCUGACAGGUCGCGAAGACUUGGCGAAGAUUAUGGAUCAGCUCGAAAAGGCCGGCAUGCCCGCCAAGGAUUUGAGCGACGACGAGCUUGCCAAGCGACACGUGCGCUUCCUGGUUGGAGGACGCUGCGACGUCAAGGAUGAACGUCUCUUCAUGUUUGAAUUUCCAGAGCGUCCAGGAGCCUUGGCCAAGUUCCUCACGACGCUCCGGCCCAACCAGAACAUCUCCCUGUUCCACUACCGCAAUUAUGGUGGUGAUGUCGGAAAGGUACUGGCCGGCAUUCAGUGUCCGAAUGACGAGAAAAAGGAUCUCGAGGCCUUCCUCAACGACCUCGGCUAUCCGUUCAGCGAGCAAACCGACUCUCCCACCUACCAGACAUUCCUACGUUGUUAA